UGUGGGGCCUGCGCCUUUUCAGACUGCCUCUUCCGGACAUCAGUAUUUUCGAAACUUAGUAUUUAAAGCACUUUUAGUUGUACUUACGCCCGGCAGAAAUCUGGAGGGUACUGACUUUCUAGCGUCCGCCUUGACAGCAAGAUGCAGUCGCAAACGCCUCUCGAACCAUUGUCAGCGACUUCCCUAGGAGCAGAAACAGAGUGUGAAGUCCUCUCAGAUGACCCCUAUGCUAUCUACAUACCCCAGCAGCUCAAUUAUUCCGGGUUGCCUUCUAGGACUUCGAACGAGGUCUGUGGCUCCUACUACCCAGAUAUCGAUUGGACGGGUCAAAUUAGCGGCAAUCCAGCGACAAGCGUUCAAUUCAAUGUGGAUUGGAAUAUGCCUUUGGCCAAUUACCCGCCAGCGUCUCAUUCAGUCGCAGUACAGACGCACCAUCGACGGCAGAGAGCGACUACUAGCUACGUGUGCGAGAUACCUGUGGAGACAAAUACUGGCUGGUCGCAGUGUUCUAAGCAGUUUCGGAAGGAGAAUCGCUAUCUACGACACUUUGGGUCACACCUGGUGCCAAGUAGCAAUAGUCUCUACCUGCCAUGGCUUGUGCUUGACAACGACGAAAUUCAGGAAAUGGGUGAUGCAGACAUUGUGGCGUUUGUGGAGAGCCUUCGGUCGGACAUGUUGAGCGCAAAGCAAUGGAAUAAUUUUAUUACUGCUGUUCAGAAAGCGAAGCCUACCGAGGAGGCUAUGAAGAUUAUCGUGACGGUGUUUAGACACUGCGUUAGUAAAGACGAGAACACCCGUAAGAAGAAGAAAACGACAAGUUAUCGAUUUAGCACAGGCUAUUACCUAUGUAAUGGAAUCCACGAGCCCUUCGACGGCAAUAAGUAGGAUCUGCAUUGGCCGGAGAAGUUAUUCAAC